AUGUUCAAAGGAACCGAAAACGACCUCUGGCCUAGCAUCCUCGACGGCUCAUACCUCGCCGACUAUGACUGCUCCACUCCAGACAAGCAGCUAUACGACCCCGCGUGCCCUUCUUCCAACUUUCUGCCUCUGCAUCAACACUAUUCCAACGCACCCCUCAAGUUCGAAACCGAGCUCAUACAGCUGGAAAUGGUUGAUCCCAAAAUACGAAAGGCCGUCUAUUUCACUGUCCGGCAAGGGCCCGGAGUCAUCGAUACUUGGUUCUACACCGCCCACGCGUCCACAGCUGCCGUGCAAGAUGCUCUGCGAGACUUACACAUGAAGGCAUUAUUGUUUUUGAAAUACCGGGUUGGACAUUUUGGGCGUCACAGGCCAGGUUCGUUGGAGCGGGCGGUCAGCAAGCGGUAUGAAGUAGAGACAAAGUCUUCCUUGACGCGGACAGUGUGUCGACCGCUCCCUGAUGUGUCGUUUGAGACCGUCAAAACCUUGAUGUUUCCGCCGGUGAAGUUGGAGGAGAAGUUUGGGGAUAAAGCGGAUGGUUACUGGGAAGUUGAUGUUGAGAAGCCUGUGAGGGAGUAUCUUGGGCGCCGUAGGAUUCUGAUACAGGAGGGGGACGGAACAUGGCGGUUGAACCCGGAGCCAAACACAAUUCCCUCUAUCAUUGCAAUCCCGGUGCCCUUGGAUCAAGACGAAAACUUCAAGUUUGGCCUACUAGUCGCGAGACGCCAGGGGGAGAGUAACGUGUGGUGGCCCGCGACGUGUACACUGGAUGCUCGCUGGGGAGACGCCCGUUCGUUCUUUGAGUUUGGUGAUCGAUCAAUGCGCUUUCACGACUUUCAUCGCGGCAAAGUCAGUAAUCUGGUGCAGACAACCUUGGAAACGACCAAUGGGGACAACAUGCUCUCUCCUUACUACAAUCCUCCCAACGACCACACGAUAACCCCCAUAGCUCUUCAUCUGAGCUGGUACGAUCACCUCUCUCCAGUGAUACCGGCAGGUUUCAUCCCCGAUCACCCCGAUUCACCGCUCCGAGGGACCAACCGAUCAACUCUAGAGGCCCUUCUCGAAACAAUCCCGGCACAUAACUGGAGCCCACAGAAUGAUGUUGUUGGCAUAGACACGGAAGGACUGGAGUUGGUGAUAUCAAUGACUUUUGUCGACGGGCUGUCUCGUUGCGGCAUUGCACUGAACCCUAACAGCGGCAUGUUACUAGGAGGUACAUGGGAAAAGGGGGCGUUGGAGAAGGGAACCAGAUGGGAAAUCAACAACGAUAAGCCAGACGAUGUCUGGAGACUGUUCAAGUUGGGAGAGCCAAUUGAAGUGUUUGCUCCUCCGGCUAGUCUUGACCUUGAGAGGUCCACUCGUAUGGUGAUGCGGGUGACAUUUACGGGGUACAUGAUGGCGGCUGACAAUUGGUUCGACUAUCUCUGCGUGGCGGCCAUGAUGGUGCAUGCACUCGCGGCUCUAAUUCACACCGUCUGGGUAGUGUGGCAUGCAGAGACGUCAGAGGCUUGGGAUUCCAUCCCUGAGAUGAUCGGGCUUGCGCAGAGGUCACCCCCGCCAUGUGAGGAGGAGGCAUGUCUUGACAAUAUUGGGGCGGGUAUUGCGUCGGUUCGUAAUCUGGGCGAAGUGGCGUGGGUCGAGGUCCAUGAUGAUAGCGGGUAUGGCAGCCAGGAUGGGGUGAGGUUGAGGUUUGGAGAUGGGGUUAGAACCAGAGAUCCCAAAUGGGUGCCGAAAGCUGAAGAACGAUACAGUUAG